AUGAUGGGGGCCCGUCUCAUGGAGGGUGGCAGUGGUUUCCUCCGAGCACUGCGUGCUCGAGACAUACUUGAAGACUUGUUCUUCCACAGUGUUUGCACCACACAGAACAGGGUGGCUCACUGGUACCCAACGUUGCUGAGCGUGGCAGCAUCUCUACCCAAACUGACCAGCUUUCGAUAUUCUGGUCGUGUCGAUUCGGAACAGCUGCACAACUUAGUUUUGGGAAAUCUACUUGGGAACCUUUCCAAUUGCGCAUUUUUGAAUGUCUUGGAGUUGAGUGGGCUACCAGCCGUCAUUGGAAAUCGCGGAGCCACCGCGAUGGGUCUGGUCCGGGCUCUUCAAACAAGGUCAGUUCGGUUGAAGAAACUAGAUUUAUGCGGCAGCAAACCGAUGAAUGUGCGAGGCCAGUUCUUUCAAACUGUCGCCGAGAUGCUGGAGGGGAAUACUUGGUUGAAAGAGCUCAACUUACCUUUCCCCGACAAGUUUAAAAGCAAGGAUCAUCAAUCCGUGGUUCUUCCCGUCAUCCAGGCUUUGGCCAAGAACCGACGCUUGACGAGCCUGCGUUUCGGAGUAAAUGGCGUUCGCCAUCCUACUAUUCAGCUCCGUUCGGACCUUUUGGCUGCAAUCGGCAACGUUCUAGAGCAUCACAACUUUUCACUUCGUCAGCUUUAUUUCCAGACACAAGGAUUCUUCUUUGCUCUGCGGAGCUUUCAUUUCUAUUUGAGCAUGAACAAAUUUGAAGAUUGUCGCAAGUUGCGAGACCCAAGCCACCAGUCAACGGAAGCCGAUUGGAUCCAGACAAUCCUGAAUCACAGCCACGACGAAGACAUUGUAUACUUCUUUCUCCGAAAGAAGCCAGGUCUGAUCAAUCCUGUUAGGCUUUCUCAAUGUGACAUUCGCCUGAAGACUCGAAAGCGUCGAGGCAAUGUUGAUGCGCGGCCUGCAAAGCGCAGGAAGGCGGCUUACUGGAGCUUGGUUCGGCGUGGCGUUCAGGUUAAGCCAGAGGAGGGAAGUGAGACCAACCCUAUCGAAUUGGAUUAG